AUGUUCUCCAGCUUCUCAGUCACACUUGCCGGAAAAGUGAUGCCCGCUCCAACCCCCAGGCCAAAUCCCUUGAGGACAGCCAAGUCCUUCACCCGGGCCGAGCACGAUGACCCUCUGUCGGUCGCUCGCCCUAAGAGGGCCAGCACGAUCCAGAAUGGCACCCUCCCAAGGAUCACAACCACCGGUAUCUCCUCUCAGAUCGUCGAGGAACCCGAGAGCGCCACAACGGAUGCCUUCGAGAACUCGAAACAUGACGAUGAGCCUCCUGAGCAGCCGCGCACCUCGGUCGACCUGGAUGACCUGCCCAUCGAGUUGAUCAGCCUGACAGACAACUUCAUAGAGUCCCUGUCCGCCAAAUCACGACCCACCCCUCCAACUAUUGACGACAUUUCCGAGCUGUUCCAAAACUUCUACCAACAAGCCGCCCGCCACAUAGACACACACAUCUCUGCGCUCCUCACAAGACACAACCGCGGCUCCUCUCCCGCGCCAUCCACUUCCUCUAGGGCCUCCGCCACAAGUUUAUUACGAGCCAAAGCAGCAGCCAUCGGGAACAAGGACAAGAAAGCCGGGACGCCAAAGGCAGAGCUGCCCGAGCAGCAAUUGAUCACGGCCGACGAGCUGGCACAGCGGAAGAAGGCAAGAAAGGCCAUUGAGCAGCGUCGCGGCACCUUGGAAGAAGCCGUGGAAAGGCGGCUGUGCGAGGGAAUCUACGCCAAAAUAUACCGGCAUCGUACAACUCAGGAUGAAGCUGCAGACGACGUGCUCCGCUCCAAGACAGCAGCGUUGGCGGUUGUUGGCAUUGGUCUUGCCGACCUCGGCGUCCAAUUGACGGAGCCCAGUGAGCCCCCAGAGGCUCAGGCCGAAAAGGCAGAGGAGGUGCGCAAGUGGCUCGACGGGGCUAGGAAAGAGCUCAUAGCCAUGAACGAGAGUCGCUACCCCCUGGGCAAACUCAACCACCUGAAGCUCGCGCACAAGAGCAUUGUGGAUACCCUGUCGAAUUUCCACCCGUCAUCUUCGGCUGAUGAGAUCAUGCCCAUGCUCAUUUACACUUUGAUUACCCUCCCACCCGAGCACAUGAACGUCACAAGCGACCUGAGGUUCAUUGAACGGUUCCGGUGGGAACCAAAACUUGUCGGCGAGGCAGCAUAUUGCCUGACAAACCUGGAGGCAGCAAUCGGCUUUCUCGAAACCGUCGAUCUGUCCACCUUGCGAUCAGACGAGGCACCUUCAGGGCCUGACCAGCAGCGUAAUCGCCGUUUUAGUGACCUGGUGAACACGCCAGCUCAGGCUCUUGGUGCCGCCGGCGACGCGAUGCGCAACACUGCAGAUGCUGGGCUGAAGACCAUCGGCAACAGCUUGGGAGACAGCUACAGGUUUUUCAUUGGUAGGCUGAGAGAGCCCGCCGGCGCAGGUGAGGAAGUCGCUGCUCCCAAGACGCUCGAGGACGCCAGGAAGUUGAUCGGCACUCCCCCGCCGGAGGACGACACGUCGACUACCAGUUCUUUGAUGGCUCCCGAUGACACGGAGAGCAAGCGAUCGCAUCCCAGGGAUGAGAGGAUGUUGAAUCUCAUCAGCGGGCGCAAGCCGUCAUCCGUGCGAGACCACAGCGCCGACAGCUCGAGGAGUGCGGGGAGCUCGACAAAGAGGCUGUCCGGGAUCUUUGGAGAUGACAAGGAGAAACAAACACCAACUAGCGCAACUCCUACGGCGGCCAAUGCCAACCCGGCCAUCAUGGACUCGAUGCGCAACUUUGGAAACUCACUGAACCCUAUGGCCAAGCUGGCUGGGGGGAUUGGGUCCUUUAGGGCCUUCGCGAGGACCCCGUCGCAGCCUGUCACACCGCAGGUGCAGGUGCCACCCAAGGCGGGGGCUGCUGAUGGGGGUGAUCUGGCUACUGCCUUCCCCGACUUGGCAGCUACCCUACCCCCCAAGGAGACACCAAAGAUAAACCCGCCGAACAAGCGGUUUAUGGAGAUGCAGAACCCUGGGGACCUCAAGAUAGGCGAGGUUCUAGAGCUGCUCCGAGAUUACAGGAGACUGGCGGGCGCACUCAACGACAUGGGAGCCUUCAAAGAGUGA